AUGAUGAGCUCACGAAUGGCUGGCGGCUGGCGGCUGUCAGAUGCCAACGAUGCCUCCGCAUUUGGCGGCGUUGCCCCCGUCCAGCUGGGGCAUCUCGACAGCGGUCUAUUGUCCGCAAUGCAGCAGCUCAACAUGAGCCGCGAAAUCGCAGCAUUCAAAUCAAUGCUCCUCAAAGGGCACGGGGAGCUACACGACAUUUCCCGGUCCCUGGCGGUUUUCGAAACAACAAGCUGCGCAACCCCCAAGGCAGGCGACGGUCUCUGA